CUUCGCCCUCUUCAACACGCUUCCAAACACAGCCCGCAGCAUGAUGGACGGCUCAAGCACCGAGCCACACAGCAACGAGGCCUUCCAGACCCAGGAGUACUGGGACGCCCGCUAUGCGCGCGAGGCAGACGGCGACUUUGACUGGUUCAAGACGUAUGCCGACAUCCGGGACAUCGUCCACGAGCUCAUCCCACAGCGUAAUGCACGGAUACUGAUGCUCGGCACGGGCAACAGCACGCUCAGCGCAGACAUGUUCGCCGACGGCUACAGCGACAUCACCAACAUCGACUUCAGCGGCGUGCUGAUUGAGCGCAUGCGUGCGCGCCAGCCCGAGACGAAGUGGCUCGAGAUGGACAUCCGGGACCUCAAGACCCGUGCGGACGAGCUAGGCGGCGCGGAGAGCUGGGACGUGGUGCUGGACAAGGCGACGCUCGACGCACUGAUGGCCACCAAGCCGGACGAGAGCGUGUGGGAUCCGCCGGCGAUCGUCAAGGAGAACGUGGCGAAGGAGGUGGACGGCGUAUUGCACGUGCUGAAGCCAAAGGGUGUCUUCCUCUACCUCACCUUUGGCCAGCCGCACUUCCGCCGGCCACUGCUGCAGCGCGAGGCGUGGCAGAUCGAGACGCGCACGCUGGGCGAGCAGGACAUGUUCCCUUACUACUUCUACAUCUGCAGGAAACAAUAGAUGCCUUUGGAGAGAUGUGAGGCUUGCUGCGCGAGAUGGACAAAGCUCUGCGCGCCACACAGUCGCUGGUACCGUCCAGACGGCUCUGUGGGCCAAUCCACUCAGUUGAGCAUC